AUGAAAGGAGUCAUGAGAUUCGGAAAGAAAGGUAAAUUGAGUCCUAGAUACAUUGGGUCGUUUGAGAUUCUUGAUCGGAUUGGACCGGUGGCGUAUAGGGUGGCUCUACCACCGGCGUUCUCGGGAGUGCAUAAUGUGUUCCAUGUGUCCAUGUUGAGGAAGUAUAUACAUGACCCCACUCACAUCACAGAUCAUGAACCCUUGCAGAUUCAAGAAGACGUGACCUACACCGAGGAACCAUUACGGAUUCUGAACAGGAAAGAGCAAGUGUUGCGGAAUCGAACUAUUUCUUUAGUUAAAGUAUUGUGGAAUAAUCAUGCUAUCAAUGAAGCAUCUUGGGAAUUCAAGGAAGAGAUGCGCGUAAAGUAUCCUCACUUGUUCGAAGAAAAUUAUUAUAGCUUGUAG